UAUUAUUGUUGCUGUAUUUCCUGACACGAUAAAUACUGCAUGCACAGACUGAAAUCGAAUGUGCAAAUCAAAAUUAGUAUAAGAAACAUUUUCACCGAAAAAUAGAACGUUAUAUUAUCUUGGCCUAGGUUCAUUAAAUUAUCAGUUGUAAAGAUAAAGAUGCCGUUCUGUAAGAAAGAUAAGAAAAAGCCAGCAUAUCCAGUACAACAACCUGCAUAUCCAGUGCAGUCAUACCCGACCCAGCCAACCUACACUACACAGCAAAUCUACACCCCACAGCAACCCUACCCCACACAGCAAGUCUACCACCAACAUCAAGGUACUUUCCAGCCUGUGGUUCUUCCUCAGGGAGCACAAGGGAUGGGUUAUCCACAGCAGAGUCAAGCUGGGGCUAUGCCCCCCGCAGGACCACCACCACCCUACACACCUCAGGCUCAGGUGUAUCCUCCACAACCCAUGCCAGCUCCGUCAACAGUUGUAGUACAGGGAGGUUUUGAUGCAGGUGCAAGAAAUCCAACAUCGAUUCCGCCACCUCCACCAGGCUAUGCUCCAAAUUCAGCUCAGCUAGCAUCCACUCAAGGCCAGAAUGUUGUAGUGAGUCAGCGACCAAGUAAUUGGAUGACCGGUGGGUCGGAUGGAGGCUAUGUAGUCUGGUAAACAGCACACUGACUAAAUAUUACAUUCAUCGAUUGAUGUAUCCAACCAAGUGUGAGGUGGUAGCUUAAUUUAUGAAAUUAAAGUCCUUUACCUGGUUAGCCACUAUAGCAUGUAUAAUCUUGAAAAUAUAACAAUAACGAAGCUAAAUGACAUUUUUUGAAGAACCAGUAAUUUAUUAAAGCAGUUUAAAGUAAAUAAUAUUGCGAUAAAACAAACAUUAUUUUUCAACUGAACAAACAAACUUGUACUCAAUAAAGAUAUUAACAUAGUGUGAGGACAUUUUGUAAAUAUUAUAGUACAGUAUUAGAGUUUAGACUUACUCUAUGGACUAAAUUAAACAAGUGAGGCAAAUCUUUUUUUAUAGAAUUAGUUUUUGUAUUAAUAUAUAAUAUUGUAUAUUUCUUUUACCCCAUCUUCUAUACUUUGUAAAAUAAUGAAAUAUCAACAUUUAUCAUUAUAAACGUUCACUGUUCAAGUAAACUUGAAUUUGUACUGUAGUUUUGUUUUUUUUGUGAAAUAGUAUCAAUCAUGGGCGGCGGAAGUGGUCAGGCGGUCGUCUGACCAAUAUUUUGCUGAGUUAAAUAUUGUAUUGAAAUAAUACUUACAGUAUAAUAAAACCAAUUGUUUUUUUUUACAAAUUUCUCCUACUUUUUACUUCAGGGACAAAUUAUACUAAAAUUUAAGUGCUUUCCGGCCAUCUAAAGGUGCAGAAAUUAUAAAUUUUUCUUGGUUGGGGCUGAGAUGCUAGGGCCCUCUAUCUCUGAAACUCCUUCCCUGGCCCUUAUCUCUUUUGAAUUCUUGGAUCGGCCACUGGGUGAUACAAAGUUUAGCUUUCUGGUAAAUGUGUAGUGUACUAAAGCCCGUCUGUAAGUCUAAAAUCCAUGGUGCGAUAAUAUCUGGUUUCUAAAAAUCUAAUUGCUUGAUAUGUUUAAAUACAGUGGCGAAUUCAAGAGGAGGAGACCAAGUCGCCCCCACCCCCUCAAUUUUUUCAGAAUUAUUUAAAAAAUGAGAGAAAAACUAGGCCAAGUAACAAGUUAGGUCUAAGGGUGCCAAUUUCAGCCAUCUGUGUGUGUCAUAAUCAUAAGGUUUCUAACCUCAGCCCCAACCAUGGUGGUGCUGAGCUGGUCUACACUCUGUUUUACAAACUUAUUUUUUGGGGCCAGUAGGUAAAUUUUUUGUCUUAAAAGUGCUAUUGUAACCUUUCAACAUACAACAUUAUGGGAUGUGGAAAUUCUGUAGUCAGGCCGCCCGAUAGGACUAGAAUAGGGGAGACAAGUCUCGGUAGAGUACGGGUGUGGACAAGCUGCGUCUUGUGGGCUCCCACAUUUGAUGAAUAAACCCUUAAGCUUUACUUGGUGUCUGGAUUCUCAUUAUAUCUCUGAUCCAACCAUCGAACAUAGUGUUACACUAAAUCCUGAAAAGUGCUAACCACCUCAGCCCCAACCAAGGUGGGGCUGAGGUUGGUGUGGUCCCUCCUGCCUGACCAAAAUUAAAAUGCUUCUGCCGCCCGUCAAUCAUAAACAUACAUUUUUAUUUGAAUAAACUCCCCGGGUCAUUGUUGAGAAUGGUUUUUGGGAGGCGUUUAUUGCAUUAGUACAGUAUAAAUAAAAUGGAUACGUAUAUGUACAACGCCCUUAAUUUUACUGUAAAUAUGGAAUACAGCACGUAAUUACUGUCAAAAUGUGUUAUUGCCUGAUCAUAAAGACAAACUGACCCGAACCAAAAAAUUCAAUUCUACUGGAGUACAAAAUUAUUAGAAGUGUUGAGAAUGGUGUUGCUUUAGUUUUGUUUACAGUAAUUUAGGGAGGUGUUUACUUGAGGAAAAAGAGGCAUGUAUUCCAAAUGAAGCGUUGGGGGGGGGGUGCUUAUUCAAAUAAAUAUGGUAAUUAGAACCUACUUUUUAGAAUUGAAGUACUAUGUAUUGUAAAUAAUUAGGUUUAAUAUAAAAUACUGAAACUAGUAAAUAAAAACAGUUACCGAGGAUGAUAGUUGGGGGGGGGGGGGGGUGUGUGGGGGGAGAUGUGUAAAAGAUGUUAGAAGAUUGACAAAAAGAAGUUGGUAUACAUGAUUAUGAACAUUCAAAACCACUAUCCUCCAGUUACAAUUUGGUUAUUUUACAAUCCUGAGCCACAAGGCUAAGUUAGUAAGAAGCUAUUGCAUUAAGUACAUGCUGUUUUUAUAAUGGAAAAUCACACAGUUACUGUAUAUAUUAUUUGGGUGAGAUGCACUAGACUUUUAAGGGUACCAAUAAAUCUGGAUGUUCUGUACACAACAUAAA